UUUUAUCGGAGCAGUAUAUGCUCCAUCAUUUUGUCUUUAUUUUAACAUCACCUAUCUCCUUCUAAACUUUAUUUAUUUAUUUAUUUUUUUUUUUUCAUUUAUCAUUGUAUUUGUGUGUGUGUGUAUUAGUGAAUUUCUAUUGGACAAAUUCAGGUACACAUUCAAAGUGUAAUAUUGCCAUGUAGAUGGCAGUUACAUAGGCCAUUGUGAAGCGCAAGCAGCAAGCAACCAUCAUCAGUGCCACCAGCUCCAGUCGACUUUCGACAAUCAAUUUGAAUACAUCGUAGUACUCAUACCGCUCGAUAUUUAAAAAUUACAAAGUUUAAAUUAAAAAAAAAAUACAGUUUAAUCAUCUUUAAAAAAAAAUAAAUAAACCAUAUGUAUAUUUAUUUGAUUUGAAAUUAAAAAGUGAAAUUUUUAUAAAAUGAGUUAUUGUGAUAAUAAAGAUAAAGAAAAUUAUUUAAAUAUUGAUUGUAAUAUUGUUGGUAUUAAUGGACAUCAAGAAAACGGUCCAGGUGACAUUUACGAGGUAAAUCGUAUGAAGGACGUUAAGGUGGUGGUGGAUUCGACGCCUUCGGCUAUGGAAGACGAACAAACUAUCACAGCUCCAUCUGAUAACGGAAAUAAUCAACAAAUUAACAGGCUUGCCAACGUGGCAGAUAAAAAAAAAAAGAUGAAUGAUAAAAAGUCAUGGAAUUCGAGGAAAUGUGGAGGAAAUACGAGUGGAGGUGAUGAUAAUCAUGAUGUGCUGUCGAAAAAACGUAAAACACGACGUGGUAAACCAAAGCCUAGAAAUAUUAAACCAUAUUUGAAAAAUACAUUGUAUCCACGUAUAAGAUGUCAUUCAAAUAAACAAAUUAAAAAAAGUACACAGCCACCAGCACCAUAUAAUACAACACAAUUUUUAAUGGAAGAUCACAGUGAUUUGCCAGAAUUUGAACCAAAACUUGCUGAAGGAAGUGGAAUAACGACAACAACAACAACAUCUUCAUCAUCAUCAUCAUCAUUGACAACAAUACCACCAUCAUCACAAAUGACAACAACAUCAUUAUCAUCAAAUGUACAAGAAUUAUUUCAAAAACCAAAUCCACCACCAAGAACAAGAGACUCAAGUUUUAGUAUUGAUUCUGAAGAUGAUUAUUUUUAUUCAUCACCAGAGGAUGAAGAAGAAUUUUUAACAAAAGAAUUUUCAAGUGCAUAUGAAGAUUUACAUGCUGAAAGAUUAAAUUCACUUAGUAAGCAUGAUUUGUUACAAGAAUAUUUACUGCUUGAAUCAAAACUUGAACAUAUUACAAAACGUAUGAAAUUAAAAAAUAUACAAUAUGAUGAUGAUAAUAAUAAAACAACAACACCAACAAUAAAUACAGAUGAUGUUGGAAAAAAAUUAAAAUUUUAUCAACAAAAAAUUGAUGAUUUAUUGCAACAAAAUGAUCAAUUAAAACGUGAUAAUGAAGCAUUAAGAGGUAAAAGAAAAAAUUCAGUAUCAAGUAUUGACAGUGAGAGUGAUUCAGAUGAUAGUAGUAGUAGUAGUAGUUCAACAAGUAAUCAUUCGGAUAAUAGUGCUUGUGGUGAUAAAGAUAAAAGUGAUUUUGAUAAAAAUUUAUUAGAAGAAGAUAUACAUUCUGAUGAUACCAGCACCAAGGAUAGCAGUUCACCAAUGCAUUCAAAUUCAAUACAACAAAUUAAAGUUAUUGAUGGAGUUGCUAUUUAAUCAUCAACAUCAUCAUCAUCCUCAUCAACAUUAUCAUCAUCAAUAUUAUCAUCAUUAUCAUCAUCAUCAUAAUUAUCAUCAGUAAAAGCAGCAACAUGGCCAAUGAUUCUUCAACAUCACCAACUAAAUUUAUGAUUAUCUUUUAUUAUUUUCAUAAAAUAUUAUUAACAUUCGUGAUUAUUAUUAUCAUCAUCAACAAAAAUCAUCAUUUUUUGGGUUUUUUUUUUUUAAAAAGCUUUUUUUUUAUUGAUUAAUUUAAAAACUUUUCUUUUUUUUUUAUUUAAUACAUUCACAAUGUAAAAUCUUCUAAAUGACCCAAAUUUUUGUUAAAUAUUUUUUUAUUUAAAUUUGCACAAUGAUGAUUUGAAAUUAUAAAAAAAAAAAUAUAUAAUUAAAUAAUAAUAGUAAUCAUGAUUAGUAUACAUAAUAGUAAUCAUAAUUAGAAAAAAAAAAUAAUAAUUAUUGAUCGUCAUAAAAAGGAGAUUUAAGAUUAAGAAAAAAACAAAAAAUUUUAAAUAAUAAUACAAGGCUGCAGACCAUCAACUAACGUUCGGGUGCUCAUUACUAUGUAAUUUAAUUAAUCAUCAAAAUAUAAUAAGAGUAAAUAAUAUAUUUUAAAUGCAGCGCAUUUAAAAUUCAAGUAUUACAACCACAAGAUUGGUAGAUAAAUUUUUAAAUAAAAAAAUGUUUUUCAUAAAAUGAUAAAUAAUUUUUUUCUCAAAUGUACAAUUGUAUAAAAAAAAAAAAAACAAAAAAAUGAAACAAAAAAUUAAAUAAUAAGCAUUAGUGUUAGUUUAUGGUCUGGAUAUAUGUAUAAAAAAAAUAUGUAUAAGUAUAUGUGUAUAUAUUAUUAUUAUUUUUAAGUUAAAAAUAUUAUUUAAUUAAUUUUUUUUUUUCCAAUUCCAAAACUUCCUGUUUUCCUUAAAAAAAAAACAAAAAAAAAUUUUAUCAACGUACUCGAUAUAAUCGAAAUAAAAAUCCCAAAUUUAUUUACAUUAUAUAUUUCAUUAAAUAAAUUAAUACUAAAUAAAAUAGUUAACGAAAAAAAAAAAAAAAAAACGACAACAAAUAAUAAUUUUUUUUUAUUUAUUUAAAAAUAUUUGGAAAAAAAAAAUUUUAUAUAUUUAUUUUAUUUAAUUUUUUAUUUGUUUUUAACCUUUUACAAUUUUUUUUUUUUUGUUAAAUAUGUGUACAUGGAUUAUGACCAUGUUGAUCCAGUUAAUUAGUAUAAAUAAAAUAAUUUAAAAAAAAAUAAUAAAUAGGUUCUAAUUCGAUUAACCAAGUCGACAAAGAAAUUGUGAUAUGCGAUUUGUGAUAUCAGCCAUAUUGUAAUUCCGAGUUAAUUAAUUUGUCAUGUAUGAAAAAAAAUAAUGCAACUAAAUGAUAUGCACUUUUUA